CCACAAUACACCUCCAGUGUUCUUUCAAAGAACUCAUUCAAAAUGUUGUGGAAUCCUUUAAACAUUGGUUUUCAACGACUAACAAGUGCCUGCAGAUUGAAGUUUUUGAGGCGCGCUCAUCAAAAGUGGGCUUGCAGAUGGCUGCCCUUAAGUUGUCAGCUUUAAGUGUGUUAGGCCCUAGAAAUUGUAGUCGCAUUACAGCUGCUUUGACUCCACAUGUAAAGAGACAUAUAUGUACUACUAUCCCAAUGCAUAUGGAGUUGAAUGAAAUGAAACACAUACUAAAGGAAAACAAUAUCCCGGAAGCUGAUAAAAGACAAAUAGAGAAAGAAGUUGAAGAAAUGACGAAGGAUUGGAUUAGCACGGGUUAUCACCAAACUGACAAGAACGAAGAUAUUUCCCUAUCACAGCUUGUACCUUUUGCUCUUCUUACACUCUGGAUUUUCCCGCUGUUUUUGUAUUUGUAUUACUCUCCUAAUCGUAGUUUUUCUGACUGGACUUGGAGAGAAGCAUAUUUGGAGAUAGAAAGACGAAGAAGAGAUGGCCUGCCUCUUGUAGAUAAAGAUCUAAUCCCUGCUUCCCGUGUUCAGCUGCCUCCGGUUGAUCAACUCGACCCUGAUUUUAAGAUUAUUAUAUAAAUAUUUAUAGUUUAGGAAUUUAUACUUCCUAUAUAGUUCAGCCAGUUGAUUUUAGUUUUUAUUUAUUGACAGUGUAAAUAACUAAAUAAAAUAGGAAAAAAUACCAUUGUAUUUUUUUUUGAGGUGAAUUAGUGGAAGUUCUUGCUUUUUUUCUAUUCAACCAUAACAUCUAUUCCCAACUUGUUUUGAACGUGAUCUGAAGGGAUGUGUAAAAUUGAAGAUCUCUUAGAGUUCGUGUUUAAUGCGACGUAUACUGUCUGUAUCAUCUGGUAAUGUAAUAUGUCAUAAUGUGUUUUCACUUGGAGUACUAUGGCCCCACCGUUUAAAUGAAUGACUGACUUCUACCAUACUGAGAAUGUUAUUGAAUUAUCUUUGUGGGUUAUUCGAUUUCCUAUCCGGACAAAUAUGUUUUUAAGUAUUUCGACCAGUGUCCUGCCAUAAUACUGCGACACUAAGGUCUUAUUAGAAUGUAAUUGGAAUCACCUUCACUAGGUAAUUCAUGAGAUUAUAUUUAACUAUGAAGCAAGUAUUAUUAUCAAAAUGACCGAAUAUUUAGAUAUUUUUAAUGUUCGUUGGCUUUUCUCACUACAGACAGUCAAAAAAUCGCACUUAGGAAUUUUGUUG